AUAUCUGUGCUUAAGAUUUAGUUUAUCAACUUAAUUAUUAAGUGAUUGUUAUUUGUGUCAUCAUUACUAUACGACAAUUAUUUAUUACCUUAUUUGCCCAUAUUUAUUUAUUCAUUUUUAUUCUUGCACUUUUCACUGGAAUUUUCUAGAUGUCCUUAUACGAUUUUGCAAAUAAAUUAUGUAGAUCAUGUAGAUGUAGAUAUACGUGACACAAGUCUCAGUGUUAAAACUCACUCUCUGUUUUCACCCUUGUUCUAAACCUGUCGUUUGACAGCUCGCGCAUUCUUGACCCAAGCAAAAACUGGCUGUUUAGCCGUACUGUUAUGUUAAUGUUGCCUUUUUAUUGUAGGGGUGUAUGUAUGUAUCGUACCGUUAAGACACAUGACUUGAUACUCAAAGGAGUUCCUGACAGUCUGAGGGCUGAGGUGUGGCUUAUAUUCUCUGGUGCCAUCAAUCAGGUAAUAUGCAGAAUGUAAGGUAAAAACGCACUAGAACCCACAGUCCACCCAACACGAUCGGAGAUUAACUUGCUUUCUGCAGGAUGAAGGACCUAGUAGUAUUGCUACUCCCCCGGGCGCAGUUGUCGUAGACCGAUUUUCCUUUUUCCUUUGUUCAAAAGCAUUUUCUCGUAUGAUGUUCUCUAUUAUUUUUAACAGUUGAUUGACAUACACCAAAGCGCAGGUUUGAACCGAAGAAAAACCCUUUGAAAGCGCGUGUUGGUGGUAACCGCUGUAAAUGAAGGAUGACAAAAAAAUUAAUCACUUUGUAGAGUGGACUCUUCAAGUGCCCACAACAUACAGAGGCGUGGUUUGGUAUAUUGUGCUAUUUAAAUGCAUUUAGACAGCACGCACUCUUUCUUUUUUCUAAAUCCAUCGAGCAAAGCGCGCGUGACUGAAGGCGUCUCGCGUGUCUCCCUUCACUUAACUUGAAGAAAAAGAAAGACUGUUCGCAGUCUAAAAUGCAUUAAUUUUGUCAGACGUUUUCUGUUGUCUUUGCUUCUCAAUAGUCAAUACGUCGGGCAGCAAAAGGAAUGACAUUUUUUGUCAUUUUUUACCAAAAUUACGUAAAAAACAACGACGCUCUCUGAGUUUGGAAAGAACCUGUUUCGGACGCUUACCAUUUCCAGAACUAGAGGGAUGUUCAUAAAUUGCCGACCAUUUCUAGAUUUGAUGACAAAAAAGUGCUUAUAUUUGUACAUUUUAUUGUUGCAGAUCCAAACCCAUCCCGGUUACUAUGCAAAAUAUGUUGACGAAUGUGAAGGAAAUAACUCAUUAGCAACAGAGGAAAUUGAACGAGACCUUCAUAGGUGAGUUAUUGUAAACCAAGAGAGCCAUAUAGACUUCAUUGUAUGUCUGAUCCCGCGUUGUGGGUAAGAGGUAGCGAAUCCUGUGUUGUGUUUGACUACACGACCGUGCAAAAUGAGAUGGGCCUAACUUGCCCACUCGGGAUCGCUUGAUUUGUCGGGAAAGAAAAGAUUUUGUUUUGUCCAUAUGAUAAACCCUUUAUAGACCAAGCUUGUUCUGUAAAGAUGGGUGAAUAUUAGCCUCGUUCAUUUUUCAUCUUGACCUACUUUGUAACACUUGGUCAUUAACGCACAUUAAGUAGAAGUACUGGUUUGUAAUGGUCUAAAAUAGAAUCAAUCGCACUUCUGCGUGCGACCACGUUUUCUACUUGAACUGCCUAUCCAAACUACAGGUUUCAAAUUUAGUUUCCCAGUCCAAGCAGGAAAGUUGAUAACUCCUGAUAGGCCCGGGGCGGGGGGUACUGCCGUAUGUGGGCUAUAUAGGUAUGUGUCGCUGUGAAGGGUAUGGUUUUCAAGCAGUUUACCCUAGGAUAGGGUAUAUCAGAGCAUUUGGGUCUAGAAUAGGGUAUCAUUUUUCAGGACACUGAUCAGUUGGUUGAAGAUUUUAUCUAGACUAGGGAUUGUGGUAUAAGGUUUUGUUUUGGCUAGACUGUGCUAGUGACCUUGGUAAUUUCUGGAAAACAGCUACUCUAGGAUAGGGGGGACUUGGGGAGUUUACUAUAUUAUAGGGUAGCAAAAUUCAGCUGAACUAGCUCUGGUAUAGGUUAAGGAUUCCAGGGUCCCAGCGGCACAUCCCCACCCAGAAAUUCCUAAAGUACCCCCCCCGGGCGGAAAGGACCAUAAAUCAUGACGUGUUUGGUGGUCGCUUUUGGAAUGCUGGGCUUUAGUAGUAUCACUCCUAUUUAACCUUUCAAAAAAUGCUGUGAAUAUAAUAUUGCUCUCCACACUUGAAGUUUUGUUUGUCUCUUCAGAUCGCUUCCUGAACACCCCGCUUUCCAAUCUGAAGUGGGAAUUGCUGCCCUGAGAAGAGUUUUAACAGCUUACGCUUGGAGAAACCCCAGCAUAGGUUGGUACAUCAGUGAAAGAACACAACUUAUUAUGUAACACAGGACUCAAUCAUCCUGCAGGAGUAACUAGUUAUUAGGAAGUUUAAGCAACCACAACGGUAACAGCGGCAAGAACGACACUUGAAUAUGUGCGAUUCCCACUUUAGUUAGAUGAUUACAACUCGCCUACCGUAAAUCCUCUAUUACGCCCCUCCUCUCAAAUAUGCCCCCUCCCUCUAAUAAGCCCCCCUUUUCAGGGGAAGAAAGUGAAUAAGCCCCCCCUCUCUAUUUAGCCCCCCUCCCCUCCCCUAAUUAUUCUUUAAUGAUAAAUGAUAGACUGUAUUAAUCAAUCACGACUGUAAAACUUCGUGUGGACGGAUUCGGGAUGGUUUAUUUAAUUACCAACUGGAAGAUCGGAAUUGAUUCUGAUCCUUGACUGCAUGACCUAAAACUUUUUGUAUUGGAGCUUGUCGACGUCGUAUUCUAGUUCUUUGUGAAGAACUAAUACCAUUGUCUUUUCUAAAAUAAAGAAGCCCCCCGCCCCCCUCUCAAAUAAACCCCCUGCCUCAAAUGGGCUUGAAAUAAAUAAGCCCCCGGGGCUUAAUAGAGGAUUUACGGUAAUUUGUCAAAUGUUAGCGAAUGAUUGUACCGAAAUUGAAUUCUUAGAGACCGCGCCUAAGCCAAGAAAGACAAAAAGCAAGAGGCUGUCAUGCAUUUACCCUCUCCAUACUAACGUCGUUUUGUGAAGUUUCACAUCGCAAUCGUUUAGUGACGGCAACGGAAGGAAGAGUAUAAAAAGUGUAAUGCCAUGCGGAGUUGUUGUUUUGCUUAUUCAACCACUGCUUUUUUUUCCGCUUGUGUUACAUAAUUGCUGAUUUAUUUUGAUAUAAUGAUGUUGUAACAACAUAGAAUACUCCAAGACAGACCAAUUACUGAAUAUCUGACUAAACUUAUCGUAUAUUUACACUUAGUAAACGAUCCCAGAUUGACCAGCUUGGUUAGGGUGAGGGGUGUUGUUUAGUUGCGGCAAGUUUUUUUUUAAAACUUGUUUAUCGUUAUUACUGGACCAUUUUCCUUGCAAUAAAUUUCUUGGGUUUUGCUCACAGUGGAAGAAUUACCUUCAGGUACCAAAAAGGUUUUUUUUCAAUUUGAAAUAAAAGAUCACUUCUCGUCUUUCAGGGUAUUGUCAAGCUAUGAACAUUGUGGCGUCAGUGCUGCUAUUGUAUUGCACAGAAGAGGAAGCCUUCUGGCUGUUAGUAGCUGUUUGUGAACGUCUCUUACCAGACUACUAUAACACUAGAGUAGUAGGAGCUCUUGUAGAUCAAGGUGAGGCGGGCGGUACUACAGCAGGCCUUGAUUUGGUUUCGUUUCAAUGGCGAAAGUAAUUUUGUAACUGCCUUGGUUUUCAUCGCUAUGCUUUGUGAUUGACUGAAAAUUCUCGCGCCACUUUCUCAAAUAGUCUGAAGUAAAAACAGUUCAUAAAGUUACAGUUGAACCUUAACUAAGCGGUCACCCUCGGGGUAUCGGCAUGUGGCCGCUUGAUGAAGGUUAGCCGCUCAAUAGAGGCUCGUCAUAAAUUAGCAUAAUCUUUAGCAGAAACAUAAGCAUUACUGAUCCACAAGAUCCACAAUCGGUCGUCACCUUGUCUCGGAAUGUAUUUUCCUUCAUCAUUUUCUUGGAAUAAAGGAAAACUAAGUUUGUCAAACGCUUGAUGGAGGUGUUCGCCUAAUUUUAGGUUUAAUUUCUCAUUCUUUUCUACAGUUACUUUAGGACUUCGAUUACGAGCCGCCUAAUAGUGGCCGCUUAAUGGAGUUGUAUCUGUAUUACCUCCUCGCGUGCUUUUUCCCGCGCUGAUUGCCUCUUUGUGGAAAUCUCUUGCCACUUUCUCGACCAAUCAGAAGUGAAAACAGUCACAACCUAUAGCAGGCGGUGUGCGUCACGACCCACAAAGGUUCAUGGGUAAAACUGUUACUGUGCCUCAUUUCAAUCGUGACACGGUCGAGUUCGCAUCUCGUAAGAGAAAUGAAUCAAACCCAGGGAUCAAAACACUGCUGCCUUUUCCGAAAAACAUUACGCAAGAGAGCGAUUUCGAGAAAUUUCAAGAUCUCAUAGUGGCCUUAGAUGCUUGCUAUUGGCUUCACAAGACAAUUUCAAGAAGUUUAUCGCGAUUCCGAGACGAUCGUGCGAUCUAGCCGACUUUGAGCGGCGACUAAUUUCCUGCUUCUCAUAAGAUUUUAUGUACUGUUUGGUUUAUAUGUGUUUUUAUCUCACAGUUAAAGAGAUAUGUAGUUCAUACCUGGAUUUGCUUAACUAAAAAAAAAUUCAUUCAUUAGAAGUGUUUAUAUAUUUGAUGGACUUUCUUACCCGCAAAGCAGGGGGAGCGCGUGCAAACAGCAAGGUGAGAAAUCGUCUCUCAUAACAAUUUUAUUUUCAUCGACAAGUUUAUAUUAUUUUGAAAACAGUGCCCGCUUGAAAUCCUUAUGAGCAAAUAAAUCUUCAAUCAGGCAAGGGGAAAACGGACCGAAAGAGCCGAACAGCUGCAGCACACACCGAAGCUACAGCCGCAGAAAUAAACAUUGAAAUAAACCACGAUCUUGUCUGUGCGGUCAUUGAAGUGAGCGCAGUAUAUCGAUUUUGUUAUAAAGUAAAACCUAUCCUCACAGUUUUAAAAUCCUGUAUGUUGUCUGGAUCUUCGAUAAUGGUGUUGUGUUUUGGUAGAGAUUUAUAACAAUUCAUUCCCUCACGUAUUAAAGUUUACACAAAGAUAGCACACACCGCAUGCAAAUUAUUUUAAAGUCACGCUUUCAGUUUCCGCACUGGGUUAUGAAAAAUGUCUUGUUUCCAAAGGUUAUUACAAUAUUCAAACUUAUUUACCUUUUGUGGUUUAAAAUAGAACAAAGUCUUCCUGGAUUUGGCGUUACUCGCUUCACGUCGGCUUCCGCUUCGGCAUGUUUUCUCAGCCCGUUUCCCGGGAGUUGUGCCACUUGGCUGAGACGAUGUCUUAAUUCCAAGACACUUUCAACGGCUCAUAACUGGAAAACUAACAGGGGUAGACCCGGGUAGACCCCGAAACUUGCAAAGAAGAAGGGUUGAAGUAACAAGAUGGCCAAAAUAAUUCGAUAAAACCGCUAACAGUAACCAGCAAUAAAGCCAAGAAGAACGGCAAAAACAACAUUCAAAUCCUCAUGGCGGCCCGCACAUGACCGAGCAAUUCAAAUUCGUCACAAACGCUCAAGAAAGCAAAAUAUUUAAAAGUAACGCAACUGCUAUCAAGAUAAAGUGUUCCAACAACUUUCCACGGCGGUAUAGUGUCGAAAUUACCAACACAAGCUUGGAAUAAAGCGAAAAUUUCACCACGUAUACCUCUGCAAAAAGCUCUUUCCGAGCGCGAAACUCACUCUACAAAUGACGCAUUCUGAUUGGUCGAAUCUCGUGACGCACACCGCCUGAACCUAUAGCAUGCUUUUUCCCGCGUUUGCACUCGCUGGAUGUCUCUACCUCGAGUUCUAAUUGGUUCUUUGGGUCGGCAGUCAUCGAACAAUGGCCGACUAAAAAUUAGCCCAUGUCCGACGAAAUCUUGACUGUAGUCAGACGUAAUGUCCAGACAAAGACUAUCGUUUUGUGCGGUGAAUGAAGUCUACGUUGAGCACAUGUUAAUUUUCGAAUCAACGAGAUAACAUUAUUGCAGAAAAUAUAUUGCAGUAAUCAGUCUAUCGGCGAAUCCCACAUCUACUGUGCACAAUUUUCGUUGAAAACAUGUAAUUCGUCCGUGGUUGAAUUGAGUCCAACCUUUUUCGUUGUUUUUGUUCUUCCAAAAUGGUCACUUAGCCGAACAUACGUCCUUUCAAGAAAGACAAAUAAUUCAGUUUGCAGUUCUAUGUACAUUGUAAACCUUUAAGGGGAGCUUAAACGGUAUUUUGAGAGUCUAGUAUUUACAUGUAUAUGUGUUAUAUCAGACUUGGGACAAGAGAGAAUUUUCCCCAGAAGAAGUACCAUUCGUCUAUUUUCAUGAUGCGAUCUUUGAUGAAUUUCCUUUUCUGUAUCCAGGUGUAUUUGAAGACCUCACUAGGGAUCACUUGCCGGAGUUGUACGAUCAUCUGAUGGAACUUGGAAUUCUAAACAUGAUAUCACUCUCCUGGUUUCUGACUCUUUUUCUCAGGUACUGUCACAAACAUUUCUUAGUGGACAACAACAAGGUUGAAAACAACUCGCUUGAUAGCUUUUUUUUGAUAUUGAAGCUUAUUGAUAAGUACAACACAAUAUACAAUAUUAACAAACAAAGAAUGACAUGGCAAAACUAAAAGAAAAGGAACAGAAAAGAUACAACUGGUAUCCAGGAUGUUGCAAUUAUUAAUUACAAAAAUGAAUAGUUAAAUACAUCCCAAUAACAGAAAUAACUGAACAAGUCGAGUUUUUUUACGGCAAAAGGCUCAAGGAUUCACGGACUCUUGAAGGCUCUCUAGAUAAUUUGUAUUUCAGAAAAGCUUUAAAGGCUAAGAAACUAUAGGUUCGCUUUCUCUCGUAUGAUAGCUGCCAGUUUCCAUGGAUCUUAAGGUACGAGGAAGGAUUCGCCGCGAAAACGAGAGGCAAGACCGCGUGAGAAAAAAGAAGAUGAAGAGAGGAGCCGCCUUUCCUGCUCCCUUUUUCUUUUGUGGAUUUGUUGCUCGUUUUUUCCGCGAAUGAAGUUUCCUUUAACCGAGCUUGAACGAAACCGUCAGCUAUGCAGGCAGCUGGCUACCGACAUGACCAAAGCACCUUUAAGUCUUGCUACUGUCUCUGUAGGCAUCCUGAUGAUAACUUUCGUCUUUGAUUGUUGUUAAUUGUAGCGUCAUGCCAUUCUCAAGUGCUGUUAGCAUCAUGGACUGCUUCUUCUAUGAUGGUGCAAAGGUAAUUAACGAGAUAAUUUCCCCUAAUUUCACUUGCUCGGACGGUAGCAAACAAAACGUUUAUGUACAAGGUAUAGUUAUGUUGUAUUUAAUUUUUUAGUCAGUUAAUUUUGAACUGCAACAUGUACGCAUAAGUUCCCUGUUUGGUAUUUGUCCAUUUCGUUGCAGAACGUUUUCUAACUCUGGUCAUCAUUUUAUUUGUCCAUUUUGCUAGUAGUAAAAAGAUAGGAACCUUUGUAUUUCACCUCUAAGGCCUGGUUUACACUAGCCUGUCAGCAAGCUCUGCGGUUAUGGUGAGUGAAGCGAACCGUGAAAGAUCGGGUGAGCGUUGUAAGGGCGGAGGAAAUCUUUUACCUUUCUUUCCCCGCCCCUCGAACUCGCGGCCUUGCGUGCAGCUCUCGCGUGACGUCUCGCUACUCCGCAAAUGAAAACCUUGCUUGCAGGCUAGGUUAACACAUAUGACUCAAGCAUCAGCAGGUGCAACAUAAGCGAGCCGAACAACUUGUCAAUAACGAGACGCGUAUGUUGUUCUUGCUUAUGAUUUCGUCCAUAUGUGAAUAAGGCCUAAGAUGCAGAAUUGAAUCCUAAAUCGACAGCAUUUUCCAGGUUCUGUUUCAGAUUGCAUUGGCCACACUUGAUGCCAACAGAAACAAACUUUUAGCAGUUCAAGAUGAUGGUGAAGCAAUGACCGUAUUAGGAAACUACCUGGAGCACGUGACAAACAGAGACGCCAACGUGCCGCCCUCCAAUCAAGGAGCCUCCAACAGAAAUUCCGGGGUAAGGAUCACUGUUUGUCCAAACUUUUUUGUGUGUGCGUAGCUUUUGUUUUGACACGGUCCUUUAAUAGUUUAAAAUAUAUCGACACUCAUAAAAAAAAAUAUCACAUUUAUCAGUCUCAAGACACGCAAAGAACCAUGAAUGUCGAAAAUAUUUGCUAUUAUGAAGGUAGCUUUCGUUUCCUGCUAUGGCUUUCACUGGCGAUUUGCAGUUUUUAAGAAGGUGUAGUCUGGGGCCAUGCUCCUUGGUCAUGGUGGGGAAAAAGGGAAAACAAGGUAAAACAGUCCGCUCUUCCCAUCUCUUCGCGAUAUUUAGUCCCCUUCCCCCAAACGGAGAGCCCGUUCAAAGGCUAAAAUAACUGCAGAAGUUGGCGUGGGAACAGAAAGCACUUUGGAGAGAUUGCCGGUCUUAAGCCCCGUGCAAACGGGCGCAACAUUGUUGGAUGUUACAUGUUGCGUCCGUUUGCACUCCCUGUUGCAUGUUGUUGGAUGUUGUUGUGUGUUGUUGUGCAAAGUUUGAAACCGGUCAAACUUUUCAGCCAACAACUCCCAACAUUUCUUUUGUUCCAUGAUGACAGCAACAAUGGCGCAACAAUGUUGGGAGUUGUUGCGUCCGUUUGCACGCAGCCUUAAAAAGCUUGCAUUCAGUUCGUUUGCAACCUUCUUCUGUUUGUAUCUCCGUGUGUGCAGCCUGUUAACAGACGUUUUUCUUUUUUUCCGACAAUCCCCGCGGUUUAUAUUUUCAUACACGCGCUCGAUUAUCUCUAAAGAGAAAACAGAGGGUCUGUAUAUAGGUUAACGUAAGUGUGGAUAGUAGAGUUUGCCACAACAUUGAGGAGACGUCAUGUACGUGAAAGAAAUAGUCCUUAAUCCUACCUUAGCCUUCCUUUGUCAAUGACGAAUGUUCCUCGUGUUUAUUUCUCCGAGAAUUCAGUAACAUUUGCAUCGUUUUUUGUCGUCUCUAGCAUCACAGUACUGUGGAUGUAGCCAACCUUAUCCUAGAAUCGUAUCAGAAAUUUGGCUUUAUCGCGGCCGACACCAUUGACUCCAUGAGAAAUGCACAAAGACUGAAAGUUGUACAGGUAAGCACAUUUUUGCCUCCCACGCGGACGUUCCUAAGGCUUUGUCACGCGUUCCUGCCCCACGAACGUGCGUUUCAAUAUGCGAAAGUAAGCACAGGCAGUAGCUAGCCCACUUUCGAUAUGUUAAAAUUGUAACAUGACUGAGGUUUUCUAGUCAUUUUUCUAUUUCUGGUUUAUUUUUUUUGCGCUCGUCUCUCCUGGGCAUUGCGAGACGAUGGAGUCGUGAAAAAUUUGCAAUUUUGACCCUAAAGCCUCGGAGUCAUGUGAGAAUUUUCGUAUAUCGAAUGUGGGCUAUUAGAAUGACGCCAUUGCAUUGUUACGAUUUAGAAUUAAGCUAUGAUGACGUCGCUGGACAUACUUGGUGAGUGAAAUCAUCCUGGUAAACAUAAAACCAGCUUGAAAUCCUAAAUAGAGUCAGGACACCCAAGGAACCACAGGACACCCAAAGUUUGGGGUGCUGCUUGCCUUGGCGGUCUUGCACGUUAAGCGGGGAAAAGUGAAUACGUCGACGGCCUCUUACUGACCAGACGCACGGUAACAUGGAAUCUAUUUGUUAAUCAGUCACAACGCUAUAUCUAAUCAUGGAGUUACAACGUUUUUUAAUUUAAAAGGAUAUGAGAGAGUACUCUAAGCAUUUCGUAGAAAGUAUUGUAGUAUAUGCUCAUUUAAUUUGUCCUAGGGAUUAGAGGAUAGUAUGAGGAGAAAUGCCGUAAGGUCUAUUGGUGUGGAAGCAUGUCUUUUCCAGCAGAAAGAACUGGAACAGUUAUACGCUGUUUUUAAGGUAAUUAACUCACCUCAUUUGCUGUCAUAGCGGUGAAUUAUUUAAGCUUAAGAAAUUAUAUCGCCCCCAGCACUGGGGAAUAAUGCAUGGUCACUAAGAACCGAGAAGAAAACUGAGGUGAGUUAACUUUCGCAGAGGCUUCUGGGAUCAUUUUUGUGGUGACGGGCCAGUCAGCUAUUGGCCAGUUUUUUCCCUGUCCCCAGUAACAGUCCCGAAAGUCUUGCAACCUGUUAGAGGACGAAAUAAAAUGUCAGGGAUAACAGAGAGGAGAAGUGUGACGUCACGUUACCAUGGUAGCAAAAUUUUUUAGUUACAACAACAGAGGGCUUAAGCAACGACGACGGCGACGGCUACGAGAACGGCAAAAAAGCGAUAAGUUUAGAUCAGCAAAACAACAACUUUGCACGUUUUUUUGUACAUUUCUUAGCCUUCGUUGCACGACUAUGACGUGAAACUUCCUAAUUUGACGCGCUCGCUUUAUCAAGAAGUUGAACACAACACAAUUUUUUUUCUUUUUCUUAACUCAAAUACGGUCCUUUCGGAUUUAACCCCAGAAAAUUUACCCAACAUUUGACAAAUUAAAUGAAACUGAACUAGAUCGAUGAAGUCUGAAAAAGUGCGGAUUUACUUUUCAAGUGACGUAUUCCGGUUUGUUGUUAUCCGGAAAUUUUGCUAUCAUGACAACGUGACGUAUCGACUUCUCCUCUCUAUUUAUCAUGCAUUUCCUUUUUGUUUUUCAGGCAGGACAUCUUCUGACUCGUAACCAUGGCGAGGCCAAGGACACUCCUCCCCAGUUCCCUCUCAUACAGAACCAGUGUAUUGACUUGGAAAGAUUUAAACCUUUGUUUGAAUGUCUGACUAACUGGGGGACUGGUGAAAUCGGACCUAUACUGGCUAAAAGAGCUUUCAAGGUCGGUAAAAACUGAUAUAUUUCUUAUGGGAAGUUCUCUACCCUGUAAAGAGUAGUUCUGCACAGACCAUUCUAAAAAUGAAAGCAAAUCUCAUGUUUAAAACAACAUUUCUCGACACAUAUAUAAUACUUUCCUAUAAAAUCCACGGACUGAAGGUUACCCUUGUUUACCGAGUCAUUAUCGGCAUCAUACGCGCGUACACCGCCCUGGUAACAUUUAUAAACUCUCAGCUAGACAGCUCGACCCUCUCGGCGAGACCUUCGCGUGGCUUCCAUGACCGCGUAAAAUGGCAAUCCCGUCAUCUAGGAGGCGACUUAAAAAUUUUGUCCUCAUUUGGAGUAUUGACAAUCAAAUACAGUGCAGUUUUUUUCUAAUUUUCAACACUGUGAAUGACAGGUUAUAGACGAAGAUGAGGAUGGCUUGAUCACGUUCCGAGAGUUUGCCCAGGGUCUCGGCAUCAUCUGCAAUGGGGAAACACAUGAUCGUCUGCUAUUCAUGUACCGCAUGCAUGUCCCACCGGCCAUCUGUGACGAUACUACGGACAACAGUGAUGCUGAGUCAAUCGACAGCUGUGUAGAACUCAAAGAAAGCGGAAGUUCAGAAGACCUGUCACGUGACCAGCCUCCUCAAUCUCAAUGUGUUGCCGAAGAAAGACCAAUUAGUGUUUUAGUGACGAGAGCAAGCGAAGAAAGGAACAGGCACAACAGUGAAAAUAGUGAAGACAAGAAAGUCACGGAAAUUCCACCCAUGAGUCAGGUAUAAAGUUCAGUCUAGCUGCUAGUAAUGCGGGCCAUUUUGCCUUGCCAUAAUUAAGUGACUGAAAACAAAAGAAAAAUCAAAAGAAAACAAAAGAAAAAUCAAGUUGGAUUUAUUUAGUGUCGCUCUGAUCCCGCAACAAGCAGAGGGAAAAAAAAUUUGUAGAGACCUUAAGAUCGAGGUUUCUCACUCGUUCCUGCAAACCGCGAACGUCAAGAAGUCACGUAACUAGGGCCUUGCUGCCAGGUUUUCAGUUUGAGGUUCACGUUUGUACGGCUAGACUACCAAAGUUUUUGCUCCCGAAAACAUCACGAUCCCACGUUUGGGAUGACAUACUACUUUUUUAAAAACUCUUUUUCAUCGAAACGUAAUUUUGAAGACGAUUUCUCAGCUAAAAUAGAACUCAACGAAUGAAUGAAAACAAACAUGGCAGCCUCGAGCUGCCACCUGCGAAUCUUAAGUCCCAAAUAUGGGCAGACGCUUAACGUGAAACCGCUUACCACAAACCGCGCUUUGCCGUUUGCGGUAAGAUUGCAAAACCUCGAUCUUCAGGACUCUAAUGUCGUCGGUUACCGGUCGGCAUGUACUCGUCAGUCUCGGGACGUUCUCUCUUCACGCUCCAUCCCCGCACGUAUCUACAACGUCACUGAAUUACUACGUUGACACUGUCCCCAGAAGCUUAGGCAUCGCCAUGCGUGAGUGGACCGUAACGCCAAGGUAUUGAUUUUCUGAUUUUAAUUGAUUGAUUAAUUAUCUAUUGAUUUGAAAGAAUUGCUUAGUAGAUAAUGAGGUUAAGACAAUGACCCCCAUCGGUAUUUGUAAGUGCUCAUUCAGCUUAGUUAUAAAGGAGACGUUUCCUUAACUCACUGUUAAACUCAAUUUCCCUUGUCUUCUAGGAGAACUUUAUCAUGUUGUGGAAGACGUUGUAUUCGCUGUUUCGUGAACUUCCUAACGAACAGGAAAUGUACCAGUCGAUUGCUUCCGUGGGAAACAUGCUGCUAAAACUGGGAGAAUUUGGAGGAGAGUUGGAAACCAGCGGAGAAAAAACCGCUGAUCAGAAAACAGAAAGUGUAGCUAUGGAUCGGUUUAUGGACCCACUACAUGUAGCUGAACUCGAAUCUUCUACAUCCAAUUCGGUUAACCUAGUGGUUGAACCUAAUGAAGUGACAGUCACCUCUGAACUGGGCUGUCCGCAAUUAGUAAAGGAGGCAUUAAUGGACGCUGCAAGGAGUAGUGAAUCCUCUCUCAGUAGUCCUGUAAGAAGCUCAAAUGGAGAAGAUUUUGUUCUCGUGGGGAGUGAUGACGGGUUUAGUACACCUGAACAGGUCCCCUCUAAUGAGGAAAGCACACUGGAUACAUUAGGUGAAGUCUAUAAUAAACUGACACUUGGGAAUACUGUUUCUCAUCCUGGUAGCGUUUCUAAAGCCACUGACGCCUCUGAUAUUAGAUCUACUCAUUCAACAGACUUAAAUUCUCGUUCACUCGUUGGAAAACAGGGAGAUCAAAGCAAAGGAAAUUUGACCACCCAAUCACACGACAAACGUUCAUCAGGUACUUUUGGCAUGGACCAAUCGGUUGAAGGACCUUCAUCCGGGACAUCAGGAGUUGACCAAUCAAUUGACGAACCCUUGGAAUCAAAUGAAAGACCUGCCUCAGGCAUGUUGGAUCUUGAUUGGUCCAUUUGCUUUGAGCAGUUUUUGGCCUCUAUGUUGACUGAGCCCUACCUUGUUCACUAUUUUGAAGAAACUGUCGACGUCGUUCAUCGACUUAAGAAAAUGAAAACAGAAGGGAUGGGAAGCUUUCGAAAUGCGUCCAAGACAAGUUUACAUUUAGCGGAGUAG